UGAUUGGUUCAACUGAACCCACACCCCUUCCAAGUCCCUUCAAACACCAGCACUGAUCUACUGCAAGCUUUCUGUGAUUCUAUGCCUGUGUGAUACACCUGUAGUACAACCUGCGCAUUCCCACACAGCCUACAGCUCACAAUGUCGGACCGAGGAGCCUUCGACACCAACGUCAUCACUGUGACCAGGUUUGUUCUGGAGGAAGGCCGGAAAGCCAAGGGAACUGGAGAACUGACCACUCUGCUCAAUUCUAUGUGCACAGCCAUCAAGGCCAUCUCCACUGCUGUCAGAAAAGCUGGAAUUGCUAACUUGUAUGGCAUUGCAGGAAGUACAAAUGUAACAGGAGACCAGGUGAAGAAGCUGGAUGUCUUGUCCAAUGAUCUGGUCAUCAACAUGAUCAAGUCCUCCUUCACUUCCUGUGUGCUAGUUUCUGAGGAGGAUGAGAAAGCUUUAAUUGUAGAGCCAGAACAAAGGGGUAAAUAUGUUGUUUGUUUCGAUCCUCUGGACGGAUCCUCAAACAUUGAUUGUUUAGCGUCCAUUGGAACUAUUUUUGCCAUCUACAAAAAGGAGAAUGACAGUGAACCCACAGAGAAGGACGCCCUGCUGCCCGGGAGGAACAUUGUUGCUGCUGGUUAUGCACUUUAUGGCAGUGCCACCAUGCUGGUUCUUUCUACAGGUCAAGGAGUCAACUGCUUCAUGCUUGACCCUGCUAUAGGUGAGUUUAUUCUGGUGGACCGGGAUGUGAAGAUUAAGAAGAAAGGAAAGAUCUACAGUCUGAACGAGGGCUACGCUCAGCAUUUCUACCCAGACGUCACAGAAUAUCUACAGAAGAAGAAAUUCCCAGAGGACGGCAGUUCUCCCUAUGGAGGGCGCUAUGUGGGCUCCAUGGUUGCUGAUGUUCACAGGACGCUGGUUUAUGGAGGAAUCUUCUUGUACCCGGCUAACGUCAAGAGUCCAAAGGGCAAGCUGAGGCUGCUGUACGAGUGCAACCCCAUGGCCUUCAUCAUGGAGCAGGCUGGAGGAAUGGCCACCACAGGAGCCAUGAAUGUGCUGGACAUCCAACCCGACAACAUCCACCAGAGGGUCCCGGUCGUGCUGGGUUCCCCUGAUGAUGUGAAGGAGUACAUCACCAUUUUUAAGAAACACGCCAAGUGAACCUCCUACUUACCCUGAUUUAUAGCAGGACUGAGAAACAGACACUAAGAUCUGGAGUGUGUGUGUGUGUGUGUAUGUGUGUAGGUGAAUGCAAGAAUUGGUUGUUUGUAAUUUUACACUCCAGCCAUAAAUAAAAAAAAUAAAAUAAAUACAAUAAAAAUGGUAAACUCUUUAAACAUAAAA